AUAGGGCCCUACGAAGUGCGCGCGCAGCCUGAGUUGUGAGUUGUAUAUAGUGCGCGACGGAAGGCUGCGGCGGUCAUAUCAGCACGGCCUUCGAGGUGCUUGUGGGAAAAGAGGAAGCCUAGGAGCAGCCGGCGGAGAAAUGGACGUGUUUUUGAUGAUCAGACGCCACAAGACGACCAUCUUCACAGAUGCUAAAGAGUCGACCACGGUGUACGAGCUGAAGCGUAUUGUCGAGGGGAUCCUGAAGAGAGCGCCUGAGGAGCAGAGACUGUACAAGGAUGACAUGUUGUUAGAAGACAGUAAGACACUGGGAGAUUGUGGAUUCACAAACCAGACAGCGAGACCUCAGGCUCCGGCUACAGUGGGUCUGGCCUUCCGUGUCAGCGAUGAUGUGUUUGAGCCGCUGCGUGUGGACGCUUUCUCCAGUCCCCCUGAGCUCCCGGAUGUGAUGAAGCCCCAGGACUCGGGCAGCACAGCCAACGAGCAGGCUGUACAGUGAAACCCGAGAGAGAGUGUGUGUGUGUGUGUGUGUGUGUGUGGGUGAUGUGGGGUGGGUUGGGUUGGAUAUCGUGAUGGUUGUAAGGUGUAUGAGGAUGUGUGUUGACUUUUGCUGGGGAAAAAAAAUUGAGCCUCUGACCAUCACAUGACCUUCUGUGUGUUUAAACGUGAACGCCAAACCUCCCGAGUGUGCACGUGCAUGCGUGCGUGUGUGUACGUCAUGUUAGAGUGGCUGUGUGGAGGCGACAAAUUACAGAAAUUUAAUUCCAGUUCCACAUGACUCGUAACGUGUGUGUGUGUGUGUAUAUAAACAGUAUGUGUUUAUAUUAUCGAUGGUUAUUUUGCUCGUCCUGCGCAGGAUUAGUGAGAGAUUCGUUAGCACACGUGAGCCGACUCCCGAAGGGCUUAAUAAUUUAGGAGUCGAGUCGGAUCAGGCGUGUUUUUUGGAGCUGCACGUGCGCUUCGUACACUGUAGCACAGAGUUUUGGUAUAACCAUGUUUUUUUUUUUCCCUCUGUGUGUAUGUCUGGUUUUGUUGAUGCGGCUCGUGUGUGUGUGUGUAAUUUAUCCAGUGUUGAUUUGAAAUGAAAAACAAAAACUAUGUUCAGUUCCCUCAUUAUUUUGUAUUUAAACCAAAGGGAAGUGUGUGUGUGUGUGUGUGUGUUCAUGUAAAAGAAUGGCUUGUGUUCCAUUUUACAAUCCCAUUCACAAAAACAAGGCGUCUCUCCCUCUCUGAGCUCUAAUACUGUAUACUGUGUUCACACACAGGUGACUUUCUGACAUGUUCACAUCAAAAACAGCAGCAGCAGCAUCAGUCUCUCUCUCUCUCUCUCUCUCUCUCUCUCGGUGUUUCUGAGGAUGAAUUUAACAAACCCUUCUUUGUUCCUCUCUCAUUCUUUUUUUUUCUCCAUGGUGAGAAGCGCUCCUCACAUUGCUCUUUAAAAGUUCAAAUAAAAAACAGAAGAAAUCCCA